CUUAAAUAUGUAAGGAGAUAAAAUUAGAUAAAUUGACUAAGAUAAUUUGGUCACAUAAGACAAAAAAUAGUUGUUAGAUCAAUUAAUAAGUGUAACAUUAUUCCCAUAGAAGUUAAUUAGGAGAAGGAAAUAUUAAAAUUGAUUUUAAGUGACGCAGUAAAACAAAUAUGAUAAUAUGUGAUGAUAAGAAUUAAGAGGAUUCAAUUUAGAGUAAUUUUUCUUUUUUCUUUUUUUUUUUUUCGUGAACAUUUUGGUGAAGUAAAAGGGUAAUUAGAUAAAUUGACUAAGAUAAUUUGAUCUCAUAAGACAAAAAAUAGUUGUUAGAUCAAUUAAUAAGUGUAAUAUUAUUCCCAUUGAAGUUAAUUAGGAGAAGGAAAUAUCAAAAUUGAUUUUAAGUGACGCAGUAAAACAAAUACGGAGUAUGAUAAUAUGUGAUGACAAGAAUUAAGGGGAUUCAAUUUAGAGUAAUUUUUCUUUUUCCUCAUUUUUUUUUUUUUUUUUUCUUGAACAUUCUGGUGAAGUAAAAAGGUCCAAACUUCUCUGUAUCUUGGCUAUAUAACUUCAUCUCGACCCAUCUAUUGGCUUCCCCUUUCCCUCCCCUCCAUGUCUCUCUCUCUCUCUGGGUUUCCUUUGCUUUUUCAGCACCAACAUAAUCUCUUCCCUUCACUAACCUCCUUUCCAUUCAUCCCAAAUGCCAUCAUAAUCAGCCCCACACUUGAUUCUUUCCACACAAGUUACUCCUCUGUUUCCUCUGUUUGUUACACCUUCUUGAUCUCUCUCUCUCCUCUCCUCAUCAUCAUCAUCAUCCUGAACAAUCAAGAACCUCAAAUUCUCUUAUAAUUCAUACUCAUCCCCGUGAAUUCUUAUCUUGGUCCCCUUAUUUCUCUCAUUUCACACGCUCUUCUAUCUUUAGUCCUUCAAAUUCAACAUGGAUAGACAAUUCUUUCUCAAUGCCGGAGUUCCACUCCCAUUACACUUCGACCCAUCGCUGACACCCACCUGUCAAACUCCUUAUUUGGCCCCUGAACUGAAUUGCUCGUCGGAGCAAUCUUCCGAUUACAUUUUUUUCAAUCCCAGUUGGGACAAGUCAAUGGACCAGUACACUGACUUCGAGUCAGCCCUCAAUUCAAUGGUCUCAUCACCAGCUACCUCCAAUUCAGCCAUGUCAAAUGACACUUUCGCAAUCCGUGAACUGAUCGGAAAACUGGGCAACAUUUGCCCCACCGGCGACAUCUUGCCGCAGUCUCAGCCGUUGCCGGCUUACGUUGGUGGUUCAACUUCAAAUAACAGCACUAACACUUCAUCUUAUAAUACACCUCUGACUUCACCUCCAAAGUCAAAUUUGCCAAUUAUGAAUCAAUUUGUCAAAGAAAGCAUAUCAAAUUUGGGAAGCUCAAUGCCAAUUCCGAAUCCCACUUUGCCGGAAGUCUCGGUCGAUCAUGGUUUCGCGGAGAGGGCUGCAAAGUUUUCAUGCUUCGGCAGUAGCAGUUUCAAUGGUCGAAUGAGCCAAUUUGGGUUGAAUAGUAGUGAAUUCUCAUAUGGUAGAUUAAGCCCAUUAAUGGGAGGAGCUAAGUUGCCCAAAGUUACUAGCAGUCCUUCUCUCAAGGCAGUUGGCUCCCCAGUGGGUGUUCAGGAAAACAAGAAUUGUGCACAAACCCAUAUGGAAAUUCUGUCUGACAAGAAAUUCAGCAAAAUUUCAGCUUCUGCUGCAUCAGAUCGAACUGAAUUUGCCGGAACUGAAUUCCCCGGUUCUAAUGAGGACUCCCCUGUUUCUGAACAUAUCCCAAGAGGGGAAACUGGAUUGAGAACUCCAGCUGAUUCCAAUUCUAGGAAAAGAAAAGUGGUUUCAAGAGGAAAAUCCAAGGACACUGCAGAAUCCCAGCCUGCAAAUGCCAAUGCCAAUGCCAAUGCCACCAAGGUAUGUGAAGUGGAGGAUGAUUUGAAUUCAAAGCGAUCAAAAAUGACGGAGGGUAAUGGCAAUGGAAAUGGAAAUGGUGGUGUUAAAACAGAGGAGAGUAGUGAUAGUGCAGGGGAUGAAAGAAAGAAACGAGCCAAGAGCAACCCAAAGCCUCCUGAGCCUCCAAAGGACUACAUUCAUGUAAGAGCGAGAAGGGGUCAAGCCACUGACAGCCACAGUCUUGCCGAAAGAGUUCGAAGGGAGAAGAUCAGUGAACGAAUGAAGCUUCUCCAAGACCUUGUACCGGGCUGCAAUAAGGUAACAGGGAAAACACUAAUGCUGGAAGAAAUUAUAAAGUAUGUACAGUCAUUGCAACGACAAGUUGAGUUCUUGGCUAUGAAGUUAGCUUCAGUGAAUCUAAGGAUGGACACUGAAAUGGAUAGCCUCCUUCCUAAUGAUAUAUUUCAGCCAAAUGGUUCCUCGACGCAGCCAAUAUAUCCAUUAGGUACCCGAGCAUCAUCGCCUUUCUAUGGCCACCAGCAUCCCCAGCAAAGCCGACCACAAGUACAUAUCAGUGUUUCCAAUGGGGUAGUGACGCCAUGCUCAGUGGACCCAUUUAACACCACAUUAUGCCGAAACAUAGGCAUGCAAUUGACUCCAGUUGAUGAAUUUGGCCAAAGUCUUCCACAGGUUCCUGCAUUCUCUGAAGAUGGCCUGCAAAACAUUUUUGAGAUGGGUUUUGGCCAGGACCAAAACCAUGAUUCAGUAUUUCAUUCACAAAGCUUUCAUGGCUCAAAUCAAACAUCCCCGUGAAAAUUGAGGCUCUGAUCACCGUCCAUUUAUCCUUAAUUCAAGGUCCAGAGGAAGAGACAGUCUGCUGUAUAUAGAGGGAGAUUUUAGUUAUGAGUAUUGUAUGCAUUGCUAAUCCAUCUUUAGGUCGAAUCAAGGGAGCAAUUCUUCUGGUAUAUCAUUUUUAUUUUACUUUUUGUCAAUCAUUUUGUCUUCCUCCUUUCUUUUGGGUGAGUUUUCUUAUUAGUAUCCAAUGUAUAAUCCUAGAAACAAUUCUAUAUAUUAGUGCAUUGUCCAAUACACCACAUUAAGCUAUAUUUCCACUAGAAAAUGAGAAACGAAAAUUCCAUGAACUUUCAGUUUCCGAACCAAUGGACACGGUUACAAAUUAUAAAAAUA